ACGGGUGGAAGAAAAUUGAGGAUUUUUUUUUCUUCCUCUCCUUCCUGACGCGGAGCGGCCGCAGCCGCGCCCGCGAGCAGGAAAAGGAAGCCGACGCCACGCACGCCAUCGCCGCCUCUAUCCCCUCAUCCUCGUCCUCGCUUUGCUCUACCCCAUCUCUCCAUCUGAGGCCUGAGGGGAGCACAGAGCAGGGUAUCUUCCUUUCAAGAUUCUUGGCUCGGUGUUAACGCACGCAGCCGGCGGCACCUGACCGGGGCGCGCCAAGGACGGGACUCUAAGAUAGAAAGAAUCAUCGGCAGCGGUCUCGCGAUCGGGAGGGGAGCAGGGCGCAUGCGCGAGCACCGGCACUGCAAGGACGAGCAUGAGCCCCAGCCGGGGUGCGGGGAGGGGGCGGGGCAGGCGGCGGCGAACUGCGCGGCGGUGUGCUGCUGCUUCCCGCUGGCGCUGCUCGACGUCCUGCUGCUCGUCACCGUCCGGCUCCCCACGGGCGUCAUGCGGCGGGUGAGGAGGAGGCGCCGCCACCGCGGCCCUACAGGAGCCGGAGCCGGAGCCAACAGGAAGAGGCCGGCCUCCGCGGGGGCGGCGCCCGCGCCGCCGUCGGGAAGCAGCGCCAAGGCGAUGAUCGGCGCGACUCUAGUCACCGAGAAGGAAGAGAAGGCGCGCGGCGAGGCGGAGUCGUCGGCGGCGACGGCUGAGCUGGAGCGCGAGAUCAUGGACUCCCACUUCUACGGCGCCGGCUUCUGGCGCAGCGUCUCCUCCAGCUCCAGCUCCUCGUCCAUGCGCUGCCAAUAGCAAAACUGCCAACGAUCACUCGGCCUGUUCUUGGAGUUCCCGCCCCGCCGUUCUUGGUGAUGUUGUGCCAGACUGCCAGUCAGUGCAGCAUGCAUGGCAACAGGAGCAGCCUUGGGUAUCGUACAAGCGACCGUGCACUUGCGCUGGAUCGACACUUUUUACGGAAGCGAAACUGGCCCUUGUGGUCUUGUGGAUUAGAUUAUUCUACUGCCAGCCAUUGUCUUGCAUGGGCCACGCCGGCAGCUGCUGCUUAGGAAGGUGAAGCCAAAGGGAUCGGUGAUUGUGCUUAGGUUUUUCAUAUUUCGUCCCUGUGGGAGCUGCAAAUGCUGAAACUUCAAACUUGUGCUCAAACGAUCCAUUAGUAUUACUGGCUUGGAGAUCGGUCGACAACAAAUGAACAGACAGAUCACUGUUCAUGAUCCA